GAAUAGAAAUAGAAAACACUAGUUCUUACGGUAAGGUACGGUAAAGUAUGGUACUGCACAUAGAUGAUCAUAUGGAACAUAUUUACAUACCAUACGAGGUCGUUAUAUGACUUUAGACGUGGUACUGUAUGCGAAAACCACCGCUUGUCUGCUCGCCACCAAUUCAUUUUGGAAAAUCCGUAACACAUUUUUCCUUCGUUUGAAGCACUAUUGUAUUUCCUUCUGCAGGACGGUAAAACUCCAUUACUKCGAGGCUAAACCUUCCGGUGCAACAACUCCUAUCGGUACUGUACCGACGCACUGCGUUUUCUUUCUUUCGGAUCAGUCACAACAUAGACAGUAGCGGGACUUACGAAAACCCUCACUUAGAAUUGAAAAAUGGGAAAGUCAAAAAAGCCGUUCAUUGAUAAGAAGAAGUCCUCCACUUACCACGUCCUUUACAGGUCCCAGCGCGAUGUUGCGGAUGCGGACAAUGAAGAAGGCGAUGGCGAAGGUGGCAAGGUGGUUUUGUGGCCUUCUCCAAACAACAAUAAGGAAACGGACCAGAAAGUUCUGCUWGGGAACGAAGCAGGCCAGGGUCCUGGUUCCGAUGCAGAGCAAUUUCAAGAUCGCACUUUGUCUAGUUGGAAAGACAAGCUAGCCGAAGUCGGAUUGGUGGACGAUUUUGAUUACGAAAAGCACACGAAACCAAUCACCGGCGGUGGACAAUAUUUCAYUAACAAUGCGAUGAAUGCUAGCAAGAAAGAAAUUGGCGCCAUGCUUGACGCUCGUUCGAUGGAUGUGAGGGACGAAAUCGUUCAAGAGGUCGACAGACAGCUGGACUCGAUUGCUCUAACUUCGGAUUGCAUGGACGAUGAAAUCGCCCAAAUGYUGUUUGGUGAUUUCGAAGAGGGUGCAUUCGAAGARCUAAACGACGAAUUCGUUCUGGAUGCAGCCAAAGAACCAGAGCCGGGCSAGGAUGACGAGGAAKCCUUCGACUAUGCAUCSCACAUUCAGGGCCUCAUCGCGAAGGCCAAGAUGCAAAACGAGGGCCUSGGGGAAAUGGCUACGAUCCACGAAGYAGGWAGAAAAGACCAAGAAUUCUUUGCGAACGCCAAGCGAGUCGACAAGGGAUACAACGAUAGUGACGACGACUCUGGAUAUUUCGAUGAACACGAUCUAGAAAUUGUGGGUGUCCCCGGUGUCGUACCCAAAUUGACGGAGGCAGAGGAACAAGCACUCUGUGACAAAUUCAACAUGGCUCUGGCCGAAUACGAUUCGGACGACAUGGGAGAAGGUUAUGACGACGAUGACGUGAUUGGAGAUCUUCCRCUAGAGGGUGACGCUCAAAUCGAAGCUGCACUUGAUGAUUUCUUGACGGAAAAGAAAGACGAAAUUUUUAUGCAAGGAACUCGGCAUUACAUGGACGGAAACAAAAAUGGUGGAAGCGGAUUUGCGGCGUUGGUUGGAACAAAGAUGGUGCCGGCAAAGGAAAUCGUUGAAUCAGAAACRAACAACAGGGACAUCAAACCAAUCAGUGAUGUUCUGGGCGAGGCCRACGAUACCCUAAGAGCUCCAAACGCAGCCCCACCAACCGAAGAAAUUUUUAUCGAUGGAAAGUCUUACUUUUCWGAGAGAAUGAAAAACCCUUGGGAUUGCGAAAGUAUACUUUCUACGUAYUCUAAUCUAGACAACAAUCCGAUGACGAUCGGCUCCAGCAGUCGAAGAAGRCGGCGAAAACCCAAGAAAGGCCGUGGUGGUAUGGAUGGCAACGGGUCUACUGUUCCUAUUGAAGAACACAAGACAAUUCAGCUGUCGGAAAAGACUGGAUUACCAUUGGGURUCCUACCAAGUGGUCGCGCUGUCGAUUAUGGCGAUGAGAGUUAUUUCGAUGGAGCMGAUACCUAUAUGAGCGUCAACAAGGGAGAAAAGCGGUCCAAGAAUGAGACAGCAGAAGAAAAGAAAUUAAGAAAACUGACUGUGAAAAAGGAACGCCAGUUAGCGCGAAUGCAAAAGAAGAUGCUGAAGGAGGCAUUCAAUGACGAGUUUACGAAGAGACAGCAAGAAGUUAUGUGCGACGAUGUUGGAGGAAAAAGCGUCUUCAGAUUCUAAACAUAGUAAGGCAGCACUUUCCAUGCUCGUUCGAGCUUUUGAUUCWACUGUAGUGAUAYAAAAUUUCA